UUUCAGUGACGCAGAAGAAAGAAUGAAUGCCAUCCCAACCAUAUAGGAGUGUGGCGGAAUUUACAGCAUAUAAAAUACUUGAGUCUCAGAUGUUGUGUGGAAGUGGAAAACUUUUUUCAGCUAUCAAAGAGAUGAAAGCCUUGUCUGUUUUAGACGUCUAUUCCACUCAACUCCGAGAGGAAGUUCUCUGUUCGCUGCCACAGAAACUGAAGGGUAUAGAUGUUGGAUACUGUGAAAGCAUCACAAAGGAUGGUCUCACAAAGUUUAUUUGGCAGCAGCCUAAUCUUGUAUAUGUUGGUUUGGCUGGUUUGAAAGACGUCAUUUGUCAAGAGGUUCUAGACACAUUAUCCAUUUGUAAUUUGAAAUACCUGGACAGAAGUGAAUCACAUGUUUUGGGAAGCCUCAGCACUUUUUUUAGAGACCAAUCAAGCUUGUCUGAGCUGUCUCUACAAGGAAGAGGCCUGGCACUGAGAAACCUCAACCAUUUUGAAUUUCCUCUCUGUGACCACACUUAGGUAAAACUCCUCACUUCCCUUCAUCAGUCUAUGUACAGUCUUCUUAUAACAUCAUGUCUUUGUUUUAACUUUAUUGGUCUUAACUUCUGACACUCAGAGUCUUGGAGAUCUGCACUAUCUCAGUAUAUCCCUGUCCUGAAUCUAACUGUGUACAUCUGUAUAUAUACACCUAUAUACAUGUUCCAUGUAUACGUAUGUAUAUGUAUU